AUGAAGGCGGGCCAUAACGACAUCGCCAAGAUAUACGCGCAAAACGCUAUAAGGAAGCAGAACGAAAAGCUCAACCUGCUGCGCCUGGCCUCGCGCAUCGAUGCCGUCAGCAGCAGAGUACAAACGGCGGUGACGAUGCGCCAGGUAACGGGCAGCAUGGCGAACGUGGUCAAGGGCAUGGACUCGGCCAUGAAGACUAUGGACCUCGAUAAGAUAUCCGCAGUCAUGGACAAGUUCGAGACGCAGUUCGAGGAUCUCGACGUCGCGACCGCAUACUACGAGAACGCCACCUCCUCGGCCACGGCCGUCGGCACGCCGCAGGAGGAUGUCGACCGCCUGAUGGCGCAGGCCGCGGACAAGGCGGGAGUCGAGCUUAACCAGGAGCUCGAGGGCGCGACGCCUGCCAAGACGAAGGUUGGACCUUCCGAGGAGAUGGAGGACGGCCUGAACGAGCGUCUCCGGGCUCUCAGGAACUGA